GACCUCUCGCUUUCCGAAAAUAGAAACCUGGGUGUCGGAGGGGGGUUAAAGAGCGAGGUGUCGUGCGCCAGCCAAAAGAAGGAAAAAAGGUAACAGGCGGCACUCCCUCUAAAAGCCCCCCCACCCUACUUUUUGUCCUUAUUUGCAUUCAGAGGCAACAACCCCAAACCUUCAUUCCUCCCUCGUCUCCAUAUAAACCCUCGAUUCCUCUCUCUCUCUCUCUCUCUCUCUCUAGAGAUCUAAACAUUUCCUCUUCUCUUCUCUCUCGAAAGAGAGAGGCCUUGAUUAGCUCAGCAUUGGCGAUCCAAUAAGAAGUAUGAGCAAUCGAAGGGAAGUGAACUGCCCCCUCUGCACGGAGGCAAUGGAUUUGACUGAUCAACAGUUUAAACCUUGUAAAUGUGGGUAUCAGAUGUGCGUUUGGUGCUGGAAUCACUUGGUCGAAGAAGCUGAAAAGGACGCAGUGUUGUGUCCCGCAUGCCGAAAUCCCUAUGACAAGGAACGUAUUAAAAGAAUGACAAUUAGCAGUGUCUGGCUGGCAGAGAUAAGUUGCAAGGAGAAGGAAAAGAUUCAAAGGGCCAAAUCUAAUACUUCUGAAAUGAGAUAUGAUCCUCAUAAAAUCCGCGUGGUUCAACGAAAUCUGGUGUAUAUCACUGGUAUACCUGUGAAUUUAUCUAAUGAAGAGACUCUUCGGAAGAGAGAAUUCUUUGGGCAGUAUGGCAAGGUCUUGAAGAUUUAUAUUAAACCUACCAAACCCGGUUCCCCUUACUUUAAAAAGUCUUCUGUUAUAUAUGUUACAUAUUCAAAUGAGGAAGAAGCCGUACGUUGCAUUCAACUUGUAAACGGCUUCAUCUUAAACGAUAGCCCUUUGAAGGCAUGUCAUGGUACUUCAAGACACUGUUAUGCAUGGUUGCAGAAGAAGCCAUGUAAGAACCCGGAUUGUCCAUAUCUACAUUACCCAGUACCGGCAGAAGAUAUGUGCCAAAAAGAUGAGGUGCCCUUAACUUGUACAAGAAGACAUUAUAAGGGUCGCCAAACCGCGUUGCAUAGUCAGCAAUGUUCAGGAAGUUCUUUACCUCAACCAACAGAUGGUUUUUGUAGCAUCAUUGAGAAACCUCUUGCUUCAUCAAGUCCUUCUGGUUGUGGUAAAAAGUUGACCAUUGGUGAAGAUGAAUCUCCUACCCCUUCAAGCAGUGACUCGACAGUUGCUUGCGAUAGAGCACCAUCUGCUUGUGCUGCAUUUGGUGAGGAGCCUCUCAAUACUUCUACUAAGUUCAACAGUUCAAGGACAUUGUCUACAGGCAUGAUAUCACAUGUGCCAGAAGAGGAUCUAAAUGAAAUUGAAAAUAAGAAGAAAAUACUUAUUUUGGAUAGUCAGAAACAAAGUCUAAGUGGACAUCAGAACCAUGAGUCAUCAAAAAAAUAUUGCCAAAGUGAUUACUUGCUAGAACAUAUUUUGUCAUCCUCUGAGGAAAACCCCAGGAGUAAUAAUUCAUCUUCUCUCUGGGGCAAUGAUGAUAUCACAGAAGAUAUAAUUCCCGAUACACAUUGGUUGGAUUCAAGGGAAUUUAAGCAGCCAACUCUUGUUGCAGAUGAUUCAGCAAUGCAGACCUCCUUGCUAGAUUAUCCAAUUUCAAUCUUGCAAGCAAUGGCUCUUAGUACUUCCCAAGAUUCUGAAAAGGUGCCCCCUCACAUUAACUGGGACGGUGCAUCUUCAGACUGGGAACUAAUGAACUUAGCUUCUGAUUUUGAGGCUACAUGUACCCCAGGGAAUCCCAAAAGUGUCAACACUUAUAAUACAGCAGGUGUUAAUUCAAGUCGGAAAAUUGGUGAAUGUUCAAAACUUCCAGAUAAUGACAAAGGAACCUCUGCCCAAGGUGAACAGCACAGAGUUCAAAAUGUUGAUCCAUGGUACGAGGGGGAUCUAAGAAAUGGCAUGAUGCCAGAUGAAAAUUAUGCCAACUCAAGACAAGAUGGAGUUAACUCAAACAUCCCUCGUUGGAAUCAUAUUGUAGCUGAUCAUCUGGAUAACCCUCAGAAUCUCGCAGAUCAUCUUUAUAGCAUUAAUAGAGGUGGUGAUUGCUCAAAUGUACCCUAUUCUUGGUCGCCAUUCAAUAGCAGUGAUACAAGAUCUGCCUUCGCAAUUUUAGGUAGUGCUAACCAAACAAGUAGCCUCUACCAGCCAGCUUCACCCAUUGCAAAGGCAGUAAUAUCUCGACAACCAAGAUAUCCUCCUGGUUUCACUCCUAGAAAUAUGUCAAAUGAAGGCCAGUUAUCUUCUAGAUCCAUGAGAUCUGGUAACGCUCAAUUCAACUUCUCUAGAAAUCAAUCUCUUGCAAAUUCUUCCCAAAUAAUACCCAGUAACAACAGCUUGUUCAGUGUGGAGCCUAUCGAUGCUCUUAAAAUGGUAUCCAGGGCACAUCAUACUUCUCCAGACUAUUCCCAUUUGCUUGUUGAUGACAGUGGCAGGAGACUUCAGUAUCAGUUGAAUUUAGGAAGCAGCAUGUACCAGGAUCAAACAGAAGUAGAUCAAGAUGAAACUUUCCUAUCUCAAAUGGCUUUGUAUGGAGGGCAACAAACUUAUCAUAGAUCAGGGGAAGCUUCUACUUUUAGUAGCCCUACUGCAAUUGAUCCUCGGGUUAUAGGCAGAAGAACUCAAUCUGGGCUGACUAAAACUACGAACACUGGGCAUCAUCAGUUGCAGCAACCAUUUUGAUUGCUAACCUCGCUGAAGAAAUUUCUACUGGAAAUUGAAGGAACCAACAAGUCCAUUAUAGGAAUGUACAUGCGGAAUGGGGGAUAAUUUGGAAAUAGUAUCUUAUUUCUGAACUUUCUAAGCUCCUGAAACUUGCAGUGUUUUCAGGUAAUGGCCGAAGGCUUAUAUAGUGAACU